AAAAGAAAGAAAGAACUGAGGAAAUAAUUUUUUCUUUUUAUUACAGAUUUUAUUGUUAGGAUAAGAAAUUAGGUUCAUGUUAGGAUUGAGAUGUCUGACAUUUCAGAAAAACAUGAAGAUUUGAGGAAUUCUAUGGUAGUUGAAAAUGGGGAAUUGAUGGAAAUGAACAUAAAAUUGAAGUUACUGAGUCAACUCCAGAUCCAGGGGUUUCAUCUGAAGAUGUUGAUUCGGCAGCAGAGGAAGGAAUUAAUGGUUUUGCUACUAAUCAUAAUAUUAAUGCUGGGGACGCUGAAAUGCAGCCACCAGCUUCCAAAUUAGGGCAUCAGAUGAGUUGGAUUUGGAUAGUAACAGGAAGAAUAUUGAUGUUCAACAAGAACGACCUGUUGUCUCCAUCAUUGAAACCCAGGACGAGUCAUCACAUCAUGUUGGAGGCAGAAGAGGAGAAAGUUGGUACAGAGGAAUCUGGUUCUCUGCCGGUGGAGGAUGGUGGACAAAAUCGUGUAUUUGUUGAUGAGGUUUUACAACUUCGGGCAAUGUUGAAUAAAACUGUUGCUGAGAAAGACACAAUGGCGCAUGAGUAUAAGGUUGAAAGAAAUGGCUUCAUAAGAGAACUUUUUACACUUCAUCAGAAGCUUGAGGUUAUCACUAGUCACCAUUCGCCAGUUGAGACUGGUGAAGGGCAAGCUGAGAAUCAUCAACAUGAAGAAAAAUUGGAGGGGUAG